GAUGGAAAAAUGGAAGCCCUGGUCGUUGUCUCACUUGAUGGUGUUCUCCCACAUCAAGUAACCACUGAAUGGGAUCGUUUCUACCGAGUCUCUUGCGAUGUUUCUAUGGAUAAGAUGACCAAAGAAGGAUCUGUGGUUGUCACAACAAUCUAUGAGGCCAGUUCACAAAAUACUACUGUCUUGGAAGUAGCCACUCCUCCUCCCGUCACGGCUGAACUAACCAUCCUCAAUCAGCUCGAGGAGCCUCUUCACAAGCCACCAGAGUGGGAGGUUUCGGAGACAGCGUGCCCUUCACUCUUAUUGAGAACGGGUAUGUUAAGAUGCCCACGAUAUCCUGCUUUGGUUGGGCCAGUCGAGCAGGACUUUGACAAAAAUAGGCUGAAGAGCGAUUUGCGCGCAUUCCGACUUGAUGGCUCUUAUGACGUGCAAAUCAUCUGCACAAUCAUGUUCUGUGCCGGACCAAACGGUUGUCCAGUGUCGAAUUGUCUCGAUUCUGGAACAAAUGAGCUGUUCAUGUCACAUGGACGCAAAAAGCGUUCAACACCCAGCACAGAAGGUCAAACGGAGGAGACACUCUCUGCCAUCAUUCGAGUUCUAGCAAAAGGAGAGGAAGAAGAGUUGCAAUCGAGCAACCAAACAGUACACAGCUUACAUCAUCUUGACGACUUGGUUUGCAUGUCAGAAACG